UAGAAUCCGACGCAAGGGCCUUGGCAACGAGCCGGUAUCAAGGCUCAGAUACACACACUGUCAUUCUCCAGGCCAUAUUGCGUGAAGCGGAAGAGCCGGCCCCUCUCUUGUUGCUGUAUCACGUUCCCUAUCAGGCCCUUUCGAGACAUUUUAGUGUAGCCUCGCCCUCCUGUUUGCGCACUCCCCCUCGGCAGCCCGUGAAGAAUCGUCACGUCGCUUGCUGCACCGAAUGCUGUGCUACGGCAUUCUCUAGCCGCGGAUACACCUCUUAAGAUGGCCGGGGACGCGGUCGACGAUUCCAGGUGGGAGGGCGGGACUAUUGUGCCGUGGAGCCGAGGUGAUUGCAUAGCGCAGCAGGUCGCCCCUGGCCCGAUGGAUGCUUUAAACUCGGAGCCUAACUGUGCGGAAACCCUCAGCCAAGAAGUCCUCUCCGAGUUCGAGGCUCUCAUGUUAGGAGAGGUCUCAAACGACGGGUGGUCCGGGUACGGGACGGGGCCGGCGACCCCAGCCAUGUCGGCCUCCGCCAGCAGCUUCGAUGACGAGACAUACUUCCCGUUUAUGGACCUGCCCUUCGAGAUCAGGCUGCAGAUAUAUCGAUGGGUUUACCUCAUGAACCCCAUCAGGUUAACCCAGUUCGCGCCGUGGUGCCCGAAUCCCCUCAGCCGGAUGUACCGUGUUAGAGCCGUCGUGCCGAACUCGACACCACCUAUCUGCGACCCACUGAACAUGGCAGUCGCUCGAGAGGGCCUAAGCGAAGAGGAUGUGGAGGAACCGGCAACGGAGGAUCGCCAGGAGUCGAGAACCCGAGUCGCCACCCCGUCGUCACCGUCGUCCGUAUCACCAUCGCCGUCGCCAUCGUCGUCGCUCCUCUCGCCGUGGCGGCCGUACUGCUGCAUACCUACUGCGGUUCUCCAGACCAGCAGGCAGGUGUACGUCGAGAGUCGGUGCCUGCCGUUCCUGGAGAACGAGUUCGUCUUCGUCAACUGGUUCUCGUCGGGGCUCUGGGCGACGCGGUCCUUCAUGCGGGGCCUGCAGCCGUGGCAGGCACAGUCGAUGCGGUACGCGCGGCUCGAGCUGCUGUCGCGGGAUCUCGCGGGGCGGCUGGCGGACGAGUGGCGGGACGUGUGCGCGGCGUGGUCGGGGGGGCUGCGGGGCCUGCGGCUCAAGAUCCUCGGCGGCAACGGCGGGGGCGGGGGCGGAGGGGCCGGGAACGGGAGCGGCGGCGGCGUCGGGUCGUGGGCGGUGGCGGGCUCGCCGCAGCGCGGCGCGCCGACGGUGCGCGUGCGCGACGCCGCGGGCCACCCUGAGGCCUGGAUCGCGGGCGGCCUCAAGCGGCUGCGCCGGCUCCGCCGCCUCGAGGUCGAGCUCGCCGUCGCCGACUGGGACGACGUGGCCAAGGUCGCGUGGUGCCGGAGCCUGGAGGAGGCGCUCAACGAGCCCGCGGCCGGCGCCGACGCCGCCGACGCGAGCGCCACGCCGCCCCCCCGCGUCCGGGUGUCUUGCGUCGAGAGGGACGUGGAGAAUUGAGCUACUGGGACGGGAUUCUGCCUCGAUUGAUAACCGGGAAAAGGGGGAGAAAAAGGGAGGGAGGGGCGGUGGACUUCCUGGGACAGGUCGAGCCGGAAAACGAGGGUUUAGAUCGAAACGAAACGUCGGCGACCACCCGGAGUGCACACGCGGAGGAGGAGGAAUAGCGACACGCGUAGCCAGCCCAGACGCACAUAGGAGCUACUAGGCGAGCGGGCGGGCUAGGCGACGCUCGGAGCACGGACGGCACUCCUUACACAUUUGUUUACUUGCAUAUACACGGACUACACAGGGGGCGGGAAGGGGGGAAAUUAGAGUGAACGGGACUCGCCCGGAUCGGUCUGGGAUAUGUGCUAUAUC